UGGCAAUGUCUAAUGACGGUCUCUGAGGACGGUUUGAUAGCCGCCGCCCGCCGCUAAACCGAUCUGAAAUAUAAGCGAUACUGUCUUCUCCCAAAUACUUAUUGGGCUUUCCACCGACGCUCCGGAAUGACGCCAUUUGGGUUUUCUAUUGUGACAUUCAGGCCCAAUUCAGACAACAGCAGGCCCAUACUUUCCAAUGGGCUGCUACAGGCCCAAGAAAGAUCAGGGGCUCGCUUUAAGACGGACGGAAGGCGGUACACGUGUCCGGGAAGGCGGAAACGAAGCUUGGCCUCACAGGCUGGUAUGGUAGCAAUGGCGGGUUUAGGAGCGGAAAUUCAGAGAGGGAAGAAAAGGUAAAUGAAAACAGAAUCAGAAACGGAAACGGAUAAACGGUAAAUAUAAUAAUAAAAAUAAAGUAAAAUACAUUAAAUAAAUAAAUCAAACGAGAAAGGAGAAGACAGUGGGGAGAAAAAAUGGAUUGGGGGUGCGCACUACUCGACGAGGCGCAAGUUAGCGGUCAUCCGCUAUAUCUCUGGGUCCUUCCGUUUCCGCUUCUUUAUCCCUGGAAAACCUAGACGCACGAAGCUUUCCCCACCUGUUGUUUCGCUCGCAUUCCCCUCCCACCCGUGUAGAUCUGAAGAUCACAUCCUCUGGCCUCCUCUCCGUCUUUCCUCGCGCCUUUCGGUUUUGGCGAAGAUCGGCCUCCAACGUUUUCUUCUGCGCGAACCGCUCUUUGCCCCAUCGCCAUCAGGCCUUGUUGAUUUCCAGAAAGAACUUUUGAGGUAAUUGAUUUGCUUUUGCUGUUGGGUUUUCUUAGUUUCGAAGGGAUUCGAAUGUCUGGUUUUGCUGGUCGCGACUGAUUCUCACUUGGUUUGUUGGGUCGAUGGAUUCUCUACUUUCGUUCUGGCAUUUGGGUUUCAGAUAAAUUGAAGAUUUUUAGUUUGUGCAUCAAUCAAUUUCAUUUUUUGCUCUACCAAGAAUCAUGUAUAAGGAAUUUGCGUUCGUGACUGAUUUGUUUUUUCUGGGUAGAAGUGAUUGAAUUUUUUUAAUGCUGAAGAUCAGAGCUAUGGACGCUGAUCGCUCGUGUCAAAAUCAUUCGUCUGGACACCUCACGCUUUUUUUUCUUCUUUGUUCCAGAUCAAUCGUCAUCCAGAAGUUGAAUUUCUUGAUUUCUUUUGGAUUUCGGGUACCAGCUGAGUAGCUGCAAUGCCGGCCUAUGAUGAUGCAUAUGAUGACUAUCAGGAUGAAGUGGAAGGGGAUGAAGAAGAGGAGGAAGAAUAUGAGCAAGAAGAAGAAAUGAGACCUACCGCCGAGGAACUCAAAUAUCUUAGUUACAGAGAGCAGAAGAAGGAACAGAUCAGGAAGAAGAUGCAGAAGGAAUAUGGGGCAGCUGCUGCUAGGCCCCAAGAUAAUAAGCGAAAACCUCCUCUUGAAAGUUUCGGUUCAUUUUUUGGCCCUUCUCAGCCAGUUAUAGCUCAGAGAGUUAUCCAAGAAAGCAAAUCAUUGCUGGAGAACCCUCACUUGGCAAUGAAAGUUAUAAACUCACAGCGUAAUGAGAAACGUAGUUCAUCAACAGCCGCUGCUUCGACGAAUGGUGUAACUGAGAGGAUAUCAAAAGUGAAAAAGGAGCUGCAAACAAAAGUCCAGAAACUCAAGGCCACAAGGGAUUACUCAUUUCUGUUAUCAGAUGAUGUAGAUGUCCCAGUUCCGGCGAAAGAUCCUGCAGUGCAAAGAGUGUCUGUUCCUCAGUCUGAGGCGCGAUCUGCUCAAGUGCAACAGAAGAGUAAACAGCCUAUGGGCAAUGGUCACAGGCAGGCGAAUGGUGCUCGUGAGCAGCAGAGGAGAUCGGUUCCCAUGAAUGGCCAACCGCAGUUGAGAGCAGGGUCUGGCAAGGCUAUUUCAACUUCAAGUGGGGGACCAAAUGCAGCACCACUAGACUCAAGGAGGCAGCUCGGUAACUACAGUGGUAUUGGACCAGGACGGCCAUCGACAGGGUCAAUGAAAGGGUUGCCUGCAAAGAUCGCUGCUGGUCAUGUGGAGAAGAAGAAUCCUUUGCCAGCUUCCAAGACCAUAUUACCCGCAACUCGCAAGCCUCUCCCUUCAAAAAUGCAGUCAAGCAUUCAACGGCCUCAGUUGGAAAUCAGGAGGGUAGUGCAAGAACCGAAUAGACAUCCCGCGUACAGAAGGGUCGUGCAGGAUGCGAGUAGACAGUUGGAGAACAGAAAAGCAGCACACGAACCCAGUAGAUCUAAAUCGAUAUCAAAUCAACAAUCACACUCUAGACCACAGAUGAAUAAGCCGCCUGUCAGACCAACCUCAUCAUACCCAUCAGCACAACAGAGUCGUGUGAUUAAAAGGCCUGCUCCACAGCGUUCCGAUGAUAGGUACAAUGACCGCUACAGUAAGCCAGUCAAAAAAAUAGUCCAGCGUGAUGUCCGACCUAAGAAAAAGCAUUCUGAGGAUGAAGACGCUUUCGCUGAGCUCAGACAGAUGUUAGGGAGGCCAAAGUACGCGGAUUAUGAUGAUGAUGAUAACAGUGACAUGGAGGCCAACUUUGAUGACAUACUGGAGGAAGAGAAGAGAAGCGAGAGAAUAGCGAAGCAGGAGGAUGAAGAAGAACUGAGGCUGAUAGAGGAAGAGGAGAGGCGCGAAAGAAUGCGAAGAAUGGCUAAGAAGCGCAAGUUAAGCCAUUAAACCGUUAGUUUUUGCAUUCCUCAAAAGGCGGGAGGAAAAUGAAGAACAAGGAGAAGUCGGUACUCAUGGAAUUUGAAUUGGGUCCUCAUUGUUGCUCGAUUUCAGCACAGAUUUUUUAUAGAAUGUUACAGAUUUUUUAUAGAAUGUUAUGUAGGCACAAUUUUUAGAUGUAAUCUCAUGGCCAAAUAAAAUAUUGGGGUUUCUUAUGACUGGUUGGUUGACUGGCUCUUGAGUCGUUAUCUUUCUCUUGACAACUAAGAUAGCAUUGACCUUGAUUGUUUUACUCCGAACCUUGUUUCGGAGGCGUUUAUUCGAUUUCAAGUUGAUAACCCAAUUACAAAGGCGAUUUUGAUACUCUCGGACACAUGACAAAUGAGGAAUUUAAAGCAUUGGUGAUCGAUUUUUAGUAUUUGAAGUUGCAGUUUUAACGUUAUGGUAUAACUUUAGGUUGUACCUAUAAUCAAAUAUGAUAAGACAAAUAAAUGUUGUUUUAAUAAGGGUACUAUUUACUUGCAGAGCAAGUAACACCAAUGUUAACCACGCGGCAGCUAGGCAACCCCCGAAUUAUGAGGCUUUUUGGAGGCGAGGAGUGGUUGAUUUUCAACAUCAGAGGUCUCUGCAACCAGUGUGGGCGGGAUCACUUAGGGGAGUGUAACAGCCCCCCAGGGUCUGCUAUAACUAUAACGAGCCUGGGCAUUUCGCUAGAGAAUGCCCCUAGAGAGGCAGACAGGGGAUGGCUCAGUCUGAGCAGUCUGUCCGGGGUGGUGGAGCGAUGACUCACACAGGACCACGGUUUGGCGGCCAGCCAAACCGCUCCUUCUAGAGCCAGCGAGGAUGCACCGGGCGGUUCGACCGCAUUAAUCGGGACAGAGACCAGGGGCCUUCAACAAGGGGACAACCAAGGGUGUUUGUCAUUCGAGGGAUAGAGGGCGACUGUGGUGACGAUGGAGGGGACGAGCAAGCACAUUGAUGUGAUCAUGUGGGGCAAAUGGAGAAACUGUGGAGAAGGAGUAAUUUGCUUUAAGCAUAGACCGUUAGUUGGUUGUUUUCUUCGAAAGAUACACUUUCAGUUCUAGUACUCGGUACUAAACCUAGUAAAUUAGCUCGGACCAAAAUUUCGAGGUCGAAAUUUAUUAAGUGGGAGGGAAAUGUUAUAUCACAGUUUGAGAAGUCUUAGUCAAACACCAAAAGUUUAAGACCAAGUAUUUAUCUUCUCAGUUCCAAAUUUCGAGGACGAAAUUUUUAUAAAGGUGGAGGAAAUGUAACACCUCGACCUUUGAAUUUAGAUCGACCUUAAUACGUGAAUGAUUGGAUUAAUAAUUACGUACGAGGAGUUGCAAUUGCAGUUUAUGAAUAAUAAUAAUAAUAACUAUUAUAUUAUAAAAAAAAAGGUCAGGGGCCGAGCGGCCCAUUAAUUGUCCCCCCACAUAAAUUUCCAACGCAAAAACCCCUACCCCUACCCCUUCCCCAAAUUUCCCCAAAACCUUUUUUCCAAUCCCUUCUCCAGCAGCGCCCCACCCCUUUGUUUUCCCACGGGUACUACCAAAUCCGGUCAACGCGGGUAAAAUUCAUAUUGACGGGUUUUGGGGCGGGUUUGGGUUUAAACCCGUUCACUAUUUAUCGGGUUGGGUUUGAGUUUAGGUAAACCCGACCCAUGGGUAUCCGCCCACACCAUAUAAUUAAUUUUCUCGGUAUAUUUAAUAUUCUAAACAACUAAUUUUAUUUAUGUUUGUGGAGACAUAUCAAAUUUUUUCUUUCUAAUUGUGUGGAAUGAAGUUGAUGUUAUCGA